AUGGCAGUUCACGAUGAUCCUCCUCCGGGGUACAGGUUUAGGCCUGACACAGAACAACUACUUGUUCAUUAUCUUCGUCCCAUACUAGACGGAGAAGACUUUCCCCAAGGGCUUGUCCCUUUCUGCGAUCUCUAUGGAGAACAAGAACCAUGGCAGAUAUGGGAUGCUUUCAAAGAAUUAUGUGAGAAAGACCAAGGAAGAACAGACCUCUACUUCAUUACCCAACACAAGACGAAGACCCCAAAGGGAAAGCGCAUAAGCCGAACAGUCGGCAGCGGCACCUGGAAAGGAGAUGACGCCCCAGGGAAAGUACUUUCGGCUUCUCGAAGGGUUAUUGGCAGGAGAAAAAGAUUCCAUUACAAGAACGAUGGCUCGACGCAAAACGGUCGCUGGCUCAUGCACGAGUUUGAACUUGAUACAACUUUACUGCGAAACAAACGCAAAGCGAAGGACCAUGUUCUUUGUAUUCUUAGAAAGAAUAACAGAUCGGUGAAAAAGAAUUCAGAAGGACAAGAGGGUCAAGAAGAAGAUGAGAUGAGUUGGGACGGUGGGGAUGAUCAACAAGAUGGAGACCUUCCUGAACCUGAGUUCGUUGAAGAAGAAACCACUACAACUCAAAAACCAGACGAACUUCGAAAAUAUGCGAUGGAGUUUGAGGUAUACCUAAAGAAACAGACUGCUGACCAGGCUGUGAAAAGGAAAGAUCAUAAAGAUUCACAUAAAAUGAGCUUAGAAGAUAUAGAGAACCACCUGAUGAGUGAUGACUGA